GACGAGCUAUUCUCAUUGAUGAAUCUAUUUGCCGCUCGACAUGCAGACGAUACAGAAGCUGAACAACGCGAAAUCGCGACAUUCCGCCGCACCACAUUGUCUGCCUAUUUAACUGGCAUCGAUGCUCGCGUUUCGUGGGGCACACUGAUAGCAGCGCUACGAAUUUUGGUUGAUAAUGACGACGAUCGAUUGUUUGUUGUGUACAAUGGUGGAAUAGCGAUGUGCUUCGAAGCAUUGAUAACUCUACAUUCCAUGUAUCAUGAGGCAACGGCGUGUCAUGUGUCGGGCGAUUUACAAGAGUUGUUAACGGAAUUGGCAUUGCUUGUGAAAGCAUUGCGAAUAAAUGCACGCGAACAAAAGAAACGGCCACCAGCCAGUGCACUGAAACAUCUGCCGGACGCUGUGCGACGACUGGCCACUCUACUUAAUACGCACAAUCCACCGCAGAUGCGUAGUUUGGCUCUUGAUGUUCUCACAGAAUUGGUACGAAAUCCAAAUCUCGAAGUCAUUGGCAUUUUGUGUCCACUGCUGCUGUCAUGUCACAUGCAAGCUCAAGAUUCACCGAAUAUUAUCGGCCCGAUUGGACCAUAUUUUCCACGGCGUAGCAGUGCCAAAGCACAAUACAAUAAUAUCGUAAAGAAUCAUCCGCGACCACCACGUUCAAUGAGCUCCAUGGUUCAAAUGAGCGUUCCACAAUCACAAAUCAUUCAACGUGGCGUUGACAAGGAGUUUGAUGCCGGUUUGGACGUAUUCUAUCGCCCGUACCACGAUUUCUUGGACGUUAUGAUGCGAAUGGCUGUCAAUAUGAACACACUCAACGAAUCGCUUGUUAAUCUUCACUGUUUGGCUGGUAUUGAAGGUGCUGCAAUGCAUUUCAAUCUAUUCCCCAGAUUUUGGGUCGGCAUUCACAACAACAAAACCACGCACAAAUGGAUCGAAUUGCUGCUAUCAAACUCAAAUCUUAUCGAUUACAUUUAUGCAAUUCUCCGUGAAAAGCGAGUUUCGCUCAAUGAUCCAAUCAUAUUGACAUUCAUUGAAUUAUACUUUCCAAAGGUCUCGCUUUUACAUAUCGAUCGUAUGAUUGAAUCCAUAUGCCAAACGUUACUUACGAAAGAAAACUAUGAGGAAAUCUGCGGCGAUUUGCUGGCAUUGUGCGCGAUAACUCAAAGAGGUGUUCGAAUACCCACAUUUACAUUGCGUGAAAUGAAACGUUGCUUGCAGACUUUUUAUUCACGGUUCAAAGACAAACAUUCACCUCUGGAAGAUGAAGAUUCAACUCCACCACCAAUGAAAAAGCAGCGUAAAUCGUCGUCGUCGGACAGUGAUUUUUACGAAACUCAGUCGACAAACAAGACAAACGAGAGCAACAAAAAGGAUGAACAAAGCGCAUCAACGUCGCUAACAACAUCGACACCGAAAUCCGAUGAAAAAGACACAUCAUUGAAAUCCGAAUGCACUGACAUUGACGAUCAGCCGCAGGACGAUGAAAUGAAUGGUAAAAAGAGUGUGAUUGAACCGCGACCACCGAAACCAAAUCUAUCCACAUCACCCACCAGCUUAUCGAAUUCAUCGUCGGUAUCGACGGGAUCAUCGCCCGAAUCACAUUCAUUGCCAAUAAACACAUCCACCGAAAAUGAUCAGAGCCUAGAGAAGGACAUCGAACGCAAAUUGCUAAGAAAAAUCGAGUAUCACUUAAUGGAUAUUUUCCAGCAUUUGGAAGAAAAUGAAACGGCUGAAUCGGAAUCUGGUUCAAGUCGCUACACUCAACCGAAAAAUAAUUGUACCAGCGACACAAGUAACACCAGCGAUAACAUUACACCAACUAGUCACAAAAUAUCGUCAACAACCUCUGUUGCUGAUGACGAAAUCGUCAAUGAACCAGGCCCAUCACAAUAGCACCGUCUUCAACGGCAACAACAUCAUAACAAAUCCGAAUCUGAAUUCGAUUUCCCGUGUAAUCCAUUAGAAUGGUUAAGCACAUACAUACACAACAGAAACAAUAUAGAGAACAGCAUUUUUUUCCCGCUUUGAAUUCAUCAGACACAUGAAUUCACUCAAAAAAAAAAAAAAAAACCGACUAAGACAUGAAAAUCAUAAGUAAACUGAGAGAGUAAUAUAAUUAAAUAUAGAAAAUGAAAUGUGACAAACGAAGGAAAAAAACAGACGGACAGACAGACAUACAGAAAAUAAGCGGUAAAAGGAAUUGUCAUUGAAAAAACAAACCAACAACAUAAACAUAAGAAUAAAAAAAAACUUUGUUCAUUGUUUCUCUUUUAAAACACAAAAUGUUGAUUAUUGUCAAAAAAAAAAGUAUAUCUAUCGAUAUUAUUUAUUUUUCUUUGAAAAUGCAAAUUAUAUUUUCUUUUGAUUGAUUAAUGCGAAAAUAAAAUUAUAAACUUGAAUAAGGAUCUAAUAAA